GGAGGGGGAGGAGGAGGAGCUGAAGCGGGGAGAGCGGCAGCCGGCAGCUCGGCCGGAGUUGCAGCAGCGGCGGCGGCGCUGACACCGCGGCCUCCCCAAGCCCCGAGUCCAGGCGGGGGCAGCAGCAGGGAGCGCCCGGCCGCCCAGGCACCGCACCUCGGCCCCGCCAAACCGCCUUCGCCGCGCCGGGGGGUGGGUGGGGGGGGACCGCCAGCCAUGGCCACGCCGCCGGAUCCCCAAGACGAGCUGCUGCCGCUGGCAGGCUCCGGGUCCCAGUGGUUCGGGGACCGGGGGGAGGGGGAGAACGAAGCAGUGACGCCGACAGGGGCCAAGCCGGCGCUGCAGGCGGGGGAGCCCGGUCGGGCGUUGGGCUCCGGGGCCGGGGAAGCGGCGCCGCGGGAACUGGACUCGGGCCCCGCCCGGCCGCCGCCAGUUGCCAUGGAAACUGCAUCCACAGGUACGGCAGAUGUCUCCAGUGCCAUGGAUCAUACCUUUUCAACAGCAUUAAAAGAUGGGGAAGGAUCGUGUUACACGUCUCUGAUUUCCAACAUCUGUUACCCACCUCGGGAGGAUUCUACAUAUUUCACGGGAAUUCUUCAGAAGGAAAAUGGCCAGGUCACCACUUCCGAUAGCCCUGAGGAGUUGAGUACCCCUGGGCCCUCCUUACCAGAUGUGCCUGGGAUGGAGCCUCGUGGCUUAUUUAGUUCUGAUUCGGGAAUUGAGAUGACUCCGGCAGAGUCCACUGAAGUGAACAAGAUCUUAGCAGACCCCCUGGACCAGAUGAAAGCAGAAGCCUAUAAAUACAUUGACAUAACCAGGCCGGAGGAGGUGAAAUAUCAGGAGCAAUGUCACCCCACGUUGGAAGAGAAAGGCUUGGACUUUAAGAAUAAGGACACUGAUAUCUCAACAAAAUCUGAAGAGGCCCGUGAACCAGAGAAACCAGUUCCUGUGGAGGGAAAAAUCCUCAAGGACCAUUUAUUUGAAGAAUCAACAUUUGCACCCUACAUAGAUGAUCUCUCUGAAGAACAGCACAGUGCUCCUCUGAUCACUGCCCCUGUCAAAAUCACGCUGACUGAAAUCGAGCCUUCUGUUGAAACCGUGACCCAAGAGGAGACCCCCGAGAAGCAAGAUAUCUGCCUGAAACCAAGUCCUGACACAGUCCCCACGGUCACCGUCUCAGAGCCUGAAGAUGACAGCCCGGAGUCCGUCACGCCCCCGUCUUCCGGGACAGAACCAUCUGCUGCAGAAUCCCAGGGGAAAUGCAGCAUCUCCGAGGAUGAACUGAUCACUGCCAUUAAAGAAGCAAAGGGGUUAUCCUAUGAAACAACGGAGAGCCCGCGGCCGGCGGGCCAGGUGGCCAAUAGGCCCGAGGCCAAGGCCAGGUCCGGGCUGCCGACCAUCCCCAGCCCCCUGGACCACGAGGCCAGCAGCGCGGAGUCGGGCGACUCAGAGAUCGAGCUGGUGUCCGAGGACCCACUGGCCGCUGAGGACGCGCUGCCCUCGGGCUACGUGACCUUCGGCCAUGUGGGCGGCCCGCCGCCGUCACCGGCCUCGCCGUCCAUCCAGUACAGCAUCCUGAGGGAGGAACGCGAGGCCGAGCUGGACAGCGAGCUCAUCAUCGAGUCGUGCGACGCGUCCUCCGCCUCGGAGGAGAGCCCCAAGCGGGAGCAGGACUCGCCCCCGAUGAAGCCAGGCGCCCUGGACGCCAUCCGGGAGGAGCCGGGCGCCCGGGCUGAGGAGGGCGCAGCCAGCCCCCAGGGCCUGGCCGACCCCAGCCCCUUCCUCAAGUUCCCCGCGGCCGCCCCCUACACCGGCCCCGAGCUGCCCUCAGGGGACGGAGCCCCGGCGUCUCCCGAGGGGCCCACCGCUCAGGGGACACCUGCCGAAGCCGCGAGUUCCAGCCGAAGCCCGGCGGCCACGCACAGCCCCGAGCCGCGUGGUCCUGGCGUCGCCCCUCCUCCGCUGUUCCUCAGUAAGCAACAAGCUAUUGACCUGCUGUACUGGCGGGACAUCAAGCAGACCGGGAUCGUGUUUGGGAGCUUUCUGCUGUUGCUCUUCUCCCUGACCCAGUUCAGCGUCGUGAGCGUCGUGGCCUACCUGGCCCUUGCCGCGCUCUCCGCCACCAUCAGUUUCCGCAUCUACAAGUCUGUCUUACAAGCUGUGCAGAAAACCGACGAGGGCCACCCUUUCAAGACCUACUUGGAGCUCGAGAUCACCCUUUCUCAGGAGCAGAUCCAGAAGUACACAGACUGCCUGCAAUUCUAUGUGAACAACACGCUUAAAGAACUGAGGAGGCUCUUCCUUGUCCAGGACCUGGUGGAUUCCCUAAAAUUUGCAGUUCUGAUGUGGCUCCUGACUUACGUUGGCGCUCUCUUCAACGGGCUCACCCUGCUGCUCAUGGCUGUGGUUUCAAUGUUUACUCUACCUGUAGUGUAUGUUAAGCACCAGGCACAGAUUGACCAAUAUCUGGGACUUGUGAGGACUCACAUAAAUGCUGUUGUGGCAAAGAUUCAGGCUAAAAUCCCAGGCGCUAAAAGGCAUGCUGAGUAAAUCGAUAUCCCCCCGGGGACUGGACACGAACCAGAAUGUCUGGAGUGGUAACAGCUCUGUUCUUACAUGUUACUGCAAAUUGAUUGUUUCUCCCCCCACUACCAUCAUCUUAGAGACAAACUUUCAACAGCUGUUUUCAGGCUGUUGCUAGAAAACAGCUGUACUCUUAGGAUAUUUGAGUCACUUGUGUCAAGCACUAAAGUAUAGAGAAAAGUGUAUUAGAUGUGGUUUUAAUUUUGUGUUGCUAAAAAAAAAAAAAGUGCAUGAUGGUGAGAGCCCAACUUAUUUUUUCUUCUUCGGUGUUCUCUUCCUCCUCUCUGCAAUGCUUUUGUAGCUUCUAAUGUCCCCCGUGGCUAGGCCUUUCCUGCCAAGUGCCCCGAUGCAGUAGUGGAAACCGCUUACAUGUCCUUGGGUUGCUGGUUGGAUUCAUCUUUAAUAACAAUAUAUAGAAUUGUAGACUGAUGUUUUAGUGUUUUUCCAACACACAACAUAAAAACAGUCGACCGUACUUCUGGUAAUCAGUUUUGUAUAACUUAAAAUAAUUAAAUAAAUGAAUAACCCCUCCCCCCGCCCCAAAAAAACCAUGCAGUACUUUUGUUGUGUGGGACUGACAGGCUGAUUUACAUGUAUGGUAAAAAGUACCAGCAUGUUAACUUUAUUACAAUUUGUAUUACUUUCUCUGUAGUUCCUGAUGGACCUAAUUAUGGACUCUGGAUAUUUGCACUUAUGUACUUGAUACUGAAUGCAUAAAUAAAUGUUACUAAAUGUAAAA